UGUAGGAACUCCUACAAGAGCUGCAGGACAAAUCGGCUUACUAGUCAACACAUGACAUCUUGCAUGGCAUGUUUAACCCAGGGCUUCAUGUAAAGACCAAAAGUUUGGUCUUGAGGAGUCACACUGUCAUGAGAAUGAACUUGACAGCUGGGAGCCACUCCAUUCCUCUGAGUGAUGGGAAUAGCAUACCUUUGAUAGGACUGGGGACUUAUGGGGAUCCCCGCACGACCCCUAAAGGAACUGCAUAUGAAUCAGUUAAAGUGGCUAUUGAAACGGGAUACAGACACCUUGAUGGGGCUUUGGUCUAUUUCAAUGAACACGAGGUGGGACAGGCAAUAAGGGAAAAAAUUGCUGAUGGAACUGUUAAGAGAGAGGACAUCUUCUACUGUGGAAAGUUGUGGAACACAUUUCAUCCCCCCGAAUGGGUACGUCCUGCUUUAGAGAGAACCUUGAAGACAUUACAGCUGGAUUAUGUCGACCUCUAUAUUGUAGAAAUGCCCACUGCCUUCAAGCCAGGAGAUACAUUCUACCCCAAAGAUGAGAACGGCAAGCACAUUUAUCACAAGACAGACCUCUGUGCUACAUGGGAGGCUUUGGAGGCCUGCAAAGAUGCUGGCCUUGUAAAAUCUCUUGGAGUAUCCAACUUCAACAAGCGACAGCUGGAGCUGAUUCUUAACAAACCUGGGCUGAAACACAAACCUGUCUCAAAUCAGGUUGAGUGCCAUCCCUAUUUCACUCAGCCAAAGUUGCUUGAAUAUUGCCGGCAGAAUGGUAUUGUCAUUGUGGGAUACAGCCCCUUGGGGACAUCUCGAGAUGCAUCCUGGGUAAACCUAAAAUGCUCCCCACUGUUGGAAGAUGAGCUACUGGUAUCAGUUGCUAAAAAGUAUAACAAGACCACAGCCCAGGUUACCCUGAGGUUCAAUCUGCAGAGAGGAGUGGUGGUCAUCCCAAAGAGCUUCAACCCUGUUCGCAUAAAGGAGAACUUUCAGAUAUUUGACUUCUCUCUUUCUGAGGCGGAGAUGAAGGCAAUUGAGGGGUUGAACAAGAACAUCCGCUUUGUGGAGCUCCUCAUGUGGUCUGAUCAUCCAGAGUAUCCAUUUCAUGAUGACUACUAGACACUACAUAUGUCAAGACUUCACUUAAAUUUGAUCAAAUAAGUUAGCUUGUUCACUUUAUUCUUUUACAAGAUUUAUUGCCUUGUUUUGGAAAUAAUUUUGAUGGCAGUUUUGUUUACAUUUCAUGAUAUUUGAUACAUAAUAAAUAAUACAUUGUAAUUCUUACCAUCGUGACUUAGCAGGAAAGUCGAUUGUUUAGAUAAAAUCUUUUUAAGACCAGUUCAUUUGUACUUUUUUAUUUUAAAAUUACUUGAACUGUAUUUUUCUUUAUUAUUAAUAAAUUAUUAAAAGGCAAAUGGAAAACAAUGUUCUCAGCCUUCCUUAUUUGGAGUAGCGCUGCAACCUCGCCGGGUUUUCUUUUGAGACGGAAGUGGAGGAAGGGCAUUUAUUGUAUAAUUGUAAAGUUGUGUAGAAAUAUUAGCAACAGUAAAAUGUAUCGUUAUUAUUUUAACAAACAUAUGUAUGAAAGGUCCGUUUAAUCUGAGCAGCAAAAUCAAGUAAGGUCACGUAUUAUGCUGAACACAGAUUUGUUUUCGACAUUGCAACGGACGUUUGUA